GAAGCGCCGCGGCUGCUGUAGACGUGGGGGGGAGGGGGGGAGGGACACGUGGCUACAGGACUCAUUGCCCCGGCGUUCCCAGCACAUCGCUACUCACAUUCCAACCCGACUGGUCACCUGCCACACCACUGGUCACCACCUUCCACACCACUGUUCACUUACCACACGACUGGUCAACUUCCAACCCGAUCGUUCACCUACCACCGACUGUUCAUCACCUAUCAACCUCGCUGUUCACCACCUACCACCGACUUCACCUACCAACCCUACUGUUCACCACCUACCACCAACUUCACCUACCAACCCUACUGUUCACCACCUACCAACCCCACUGUUCACCACCUACCACCGACUGUUCACCACCUACCACCGACUGUUUUUUUGUUUUCGGGGUCACUAAGUGCGCUGCUGUAUUGACAUUGAAUUCAUCUUGCACGUCUCGCAGCAGCAGCGGCGGCGGCGGCGAUGGCGGCGGCAGGGAGCAAGAGGACGAUCCUGGUGACGGGUGGAGCCGGCUACAUCGGGAGCCACACGCUGGUGGAGCUCGUGCAGGCCGGCUACUCCGCCGUGGUCAUCGACAACUUCCACAACGCCAUCCGUGGUGCGCAAGCCGGUCCCGGUGGGGAGCCCGAGAGCUUGCGUCGCGUGAGGGAGCUCACGGGGGCCGACAUUGCCUUCCACGAGGUCGACAUGAUGGACGAGCCGGCACUGCAGAAGCUCUUCAGCCAGUACUCCUUCAGCGCCAUCAUCCACUUCGCCGGCCUCAAGGCGGUGGGCGAGUCUGUGGAGCAGCCGCUGCGCUACUACCAGGUCAACGUGGCGGGGGCACUCAACCUGCUGCAGGUGGCGAAGGCGCACGGCGUGCGUGACGUGGUGUUCAGCAGCUCGGCCACCGUGUACGGCGUCCCCGAGAAGCUGCCGCUGGGCGAGACGCACCCGACGGGCGGCUGCACCAACCCCUACGGCAAGAGCAAGUUCUUCAUCGAGGAGAUCCUGCGCGACCUGUGCUGCGCUCAGCCGGUGAGGGGCGGCGGGGGUGGCGAGGGCGGUGAGGGAGAAAACGAUAAACACACCCUGGUUACCGGGUUUGCUGCGAACGUACAGAAACGUCCAGAGCCGCACGUGUGA